UGCUGCGUCCUGGGACCGAUGGAAGAAUGGUCCGUCGUCCCCAGUGACCGACAUUCUUUAGGAGGACGACAGAAACACAGAUAUAGCAGGCUCGCCGAUGUGCGCCCACAGUAGAGUGUGUGCUGCGUGCCAUGUGCUCUGGAACCUGGUCUAUGUGGGGGCUGGCAUAGUGCAGCUGGUAGCUGGUAUAUUCUUUCUCAUCUCGCUCCCUAUCUUCAAGAUGGGCUCUAACAUAUGGGCAGGUGCCUGGAACAUUGUUGUAGGAAUUGGUGGAGCGAUGCUGUCUUGCAUUGGGGACCUGACAGCCAAGAAGCAGGAGGCCCUGCUAUUUCUUACGUUGUCCAUCCUCGUUAUAAAUGUAGUGAACAUUGUUAUCCUGGAGAUUGGAGAAUGGCACUUCUUCAUGACAAGCAACAUACAAGAAAUCAUUGGACAGAAAAACCUUAAGAAACUGGUUUUGUAUGCCCGAGUGACGACAAGUAUAAGUACUGCAGUUGCCAUUGUGACGUCAUUUUUGGACAGUCAGUUUACAUUUUGCUCGAUGCAAAGAUCUCGGCCUCCAAAGAAGAGCCUUAAUGAGCAAGUUUCAGAUAUAGAGUACAUAUUGCCCAGAAAAAAGACAAGCUCUGUAGGGAAGCAUGCUCACAGUAUCUACAGUCAAUACGCCCAGUCCUGGGUUUUUGAAACAGACACUGCUGGACCCUCCAAGAACGAGUCGCCAUAUCUGAAGCUCCAAAAUGUGCAAGUAAACGAAAGAAACAAGACUGUCAACACGCAGAACCACAAGGCUGCUAGGAUAGAUGUUCACAGAACUCACAACAAUGAACCAAAAAUGUGUGUUGUGAACCCGAUAGUCCGUGUGGAACAAGUGAAUGAAGAAAGUAACGGGAAUCGAAGCUUAAAUUAUAUGAAGAGUUUCUCAAGGACACCAUCCCCCGCCGCACUCUCCGAAAGUUCCUCCCAGGACUCGAGCACAAACCCUCCGAUAUAUGAAUGUCUGGAGAGGCUCACUGAACCCACGCUGUACAGAUCACGACUAAAUACCGCAAUAAGUCUGAACGCAGAGUCUUCCGGUACAGCUGUCAGUCCUAAGCCUGUACGUCCGCGAAGUGAGAUAUUCACCAAGGAUAGACUGUGCGUCGUGGAAGGUUUUGACUUCACAGAUAAAGUUCAGUAUGCAUCACUGAUGGUUGAACUGCAGCAAGCGUUUGUGUCCAAAAAGAAAAUGUUUCAACAGCCACCCUCUCCGCAAAGUGCAAGUGAAUGUGCAGCUGUAGAGAACUCGCCAGACAAGACAUACAGUGACCCUAAAGACAGCAGCUGUCAGGAGUCAUUUCAAGAUGAGUCACAGAGGACAGGGCAUAAAGGCAGUGAUGCAGAAUUUUCCAAAGAACUUGAAGCAGCUUUGCAGCUAAUACAAGACCUCGAAUCUCCAAACACAAUAGAAACUCCUUCAGAAACCUGCAGGUCUAUUGAGGAAGUGGAGGUGUUGCUUCCCAGUACUCCUGCGGUGUGUGUUCAGUGGGAAAACAGUGAGUGUGCCUCACCAGUGCCAGAGGAAGUCACCUCACAGGGAAGCAGCAAGGCAGAGCUACAGGACAUCAAACAUGUUGCUGGGGUUCGAGAACCCAGCAAUAUCCGAUCAGCUUCAAAUAAAAACUCAGUUAACAUUGAUAUUGUUCAAUACAAUAACAAUAACAUGUAUAAAAGAAUAAAACGAGUACCGCCAUUGAAGAUGUUACUACAAGAUGGCGUCGAAACAAUGAAUGAUGUGUCCACAACAGGUUAUCAUUCCCAGUCUGCUCCCAGCACCACCCGUUGGGUCGCCAAGUCUCUGCUGAGAAAGAAGACCAGUCUGCCCAUGUUUGCCCCGGAAUUGGAAGGUGCAAUAUUCAAAUCUGAAAGUCUUGCAUACCUUAGCGAACUUGAGCUUCUUGCUAGACAUGCAAGAAACAAGUCGAUACAGAGGCAAAUUGAACAACGGGUCCAUCAGCAAAUCUCGGGACGUUCACCUCAAAGCUUUGCUGCUAAGAAAAAAUUAACCAAGCUGCAACACUGAAGACUAUCUAACUCCUUAAGAAUAAAAAAACAGAGACUCAGGAAUCCAACAGCAAUCAGGUUCCAAUAUGCUGGAUUUGAGAUUCUCACAACAGUGACUGUCAUGAGUACUAUCUUUUGGGAUGUGACACCGAUUAAUUUGGCAGAAAUUCACCGAUGUUUCAGAGGAACAUGCUGCCUCCGAAACUUCGGCGGACUUCUACCGCACUACACGACAUUACAUCACAGAAGACCAGACUUUACAGGUUUAUUCAUGUUAUAUCCACAGUAGAGUCAAGUCAUGUUGUUUAAUAACGUUGUUAAUGUUAGCAUUUUUUCAGAGUAUCAACCGACUUCGUUUAAACCCUUUCCUUUUUUUUAAACAUUUUGUCCACGUUGAUUAUAUCUUUGACUAGUUUAUAUAUUUAUCAUUGUAGUAAGCAUUAUAAAGAGAAGAAGAAAAUAGUUUUUAAAUCGGGAAAUGUUGAAAAAUAUUUGUGAAACUUGGUAUUUAAUUGUUACAUUUCUUGGUUAUGUUACUAGACUUGCUUAAAAAGUAUUGCAAAAAAUGCAUGAACGUCCAUAAUGUCCCGCUCCAAAGCAAUGUAAUGUGUAAUAAAUAUCAAGAAUAUUGGUUAACAGUAUCUUCUGUGAACAACGAGGGUGUUAAGAUAGUUUACAAAUAAUGUCCAUAAACAGUGUUAUCUUGGUGUGAACAGACAUUGAUACUGGAAGCAAUAAAACUCAAUUACAGGAAUUGGAAGAUUGAUUUGGUGCUGGUAUUAUAGAAAAUUACUUCUAUUUUAUCCCAGUAACUAUUAAAAUAUUUAAUCUUUAUAGUCUUUUAAUAUCUUUCAAACAAAUCCCCGCAUUGUUACAAUAAUACUUUUACACAUUUAGAGCCGUCCAGAUCGACGUGAAAAUGUUUAUAUAGUUUAUUGUGUGUUAAUUGUAUUGAUCUGUUUGUCGAUUUAAAAUAAUAAAGUUGACAUUU